AUGGCGUGGGUUCGAGAUCAAAUCGAGGGUGUAACAUCAAUUAAGAUGAGACAGCUUAUGAUUCAAAUCGGGAUGGCGGUUACCAUGGCACUGAUGUUAUUGAAAGGGUUGAUGUGGUACACCGAAUGUGAAUCUCCGUUAACUGUUGUCCUGUCAGGAAGCAUGGAACCCGGUUUCAAGAGAGGAGACAUAUUAUUGUCACAUAACAGAAAAGAUGAUCCUAUUCGUGUAGGGGAAAUAGUUUUGUAUAAGAUUGGUAAUCAUAAAAUUCCAAUUGUACAUCGAGUUAUUGAGGUUCAUUAUGAACGAAUAGAAGAUACCGGUGGUCGAGGAUAUGAAGGAGUUGUUAAAAUACUUACUAAAGGUGACAACAAUCAAGUAGAUGAUCGAGGUUUGUAUGGCGGUCAACAUUGGCUUCAACGACACCAUAUCAUUGGUAGAGUUCAACUAAUAGUACCAUAUGUUGGAUGGGUUACACUCAUCUUCACUGAAUACCCAAUUACGUUUGGAAGAUGGUUAUCGACGAGAAAGACAAGGAUUGAUUGA